UCUGCACUUUUCGCUGAAAUGAGAUGACUCCUCUCCUUCCUGUUUGAGAAUAUGCUCUUCCUUUCAUCUAUCUCAAACCAGUCCAGUCUCCCUCCUUAUAUAUUCUGCUGCCUUCUCCUUCGCUCUCCAUCGCCAUCUCUAAAUAUUCUCCUCGUACCUGCAUAGCCUGGACCAAUGACUCCCGAUGAAGAUGACCUCAUCGGGAACUAUCCAAACAUCGAAUACCACUGUCUUGCCACUCUCAAAGGCCACAAUUCCUACAUAUCCUCCCUAACCCUUGCCGGGAAGUUCCUCUACACUGGUUCGUCGGAUAACGAGAUCAGAUCAUGGGACCGCAGUGCUUUCACCACGGACCCCAGCAACGAGAGAGUGACUGGUAACAUGGUGGCCAUCGGAAAAGGUGCGGUGAAGUCCCUCGUAGUUCUUGCCGAUAAACUCUUCAGUGCUCAUCAAGACCAAAAGAUCCGUGUGUGGAAGAUCAGCACAGAUGUCCCACAGAACCAGAAAUACACGAAGCUGGCUACUUUGCCGACUCUCAGCGAUCGGGCCCUUAAAGUUCUAGCCCCGAAGAACCAGGUUCAGAUUCGGCGUCACAAGAAGUGCACAUGGGUCCACCACGUAGAUGCCGUCUCCUCCCUUACCUUGUCCAGCGAUGAGUCCCUCCUGUAUUCUGUAUCCUGGGACAGGACACUCAAAAUUUGGCGAACAUCGGAUUUCAAAUGUUUGGAAUCAGUCACGAACGCACACGAUGAUGCGAUAAAUGCUGUCCUAGCAUCUGCAGAUGGGAACAUUUACACGGGAUCGGCCGAUAAGAAAAUUAAAGUGUGGAAGAAACUCCAAGGAAAUAACAAUCACACACUAGUGGACCAACUCCAUAACCACUCCUCAGGGGUUAAUGCCCUAGCAAUAAGCUCUGAUGGGUCCGUCUUAUAUUCUGGUUCAUGCGACGGGGCAAUGUUUGUGUGGGAAAAGGAUGAUGAAGGUGAGAAGAUGGUGGCUGUGGCAUCUCUUCCGGGGCACUCGCAGUCGAUUCUCUGCUUGGCUUCUGUGUCGGGCUUAGUGUUGAGUGGCUCAGCGGACAAGACUAUAAGAAUAUGGAGUGGUGUCAACAGAAACUUGUCUUGUUUGGCAGUUCUGCAAGGACAUCAGGGACCAGUCAAAUGCUUAACAGCAGCAAUAGAUCCCUACGGUCCAUCUGACAGUUUCCUCGUUUACAGUGGGAGCUUAGAUUGUUCUAUCAAGGUCUGGCGGAUUUUUGUGCCACCCGUGUAAAAGAACUUUCUCUUAUCUUUUUUGAUGUUUGAUGUUUUUGUAUGUAUGGAUUCCCCUUCCUCUUUCAAGGGAUUUCUGCACCAAAGAGUGACAAUUAUGUACUUUUUCAUA